CGGCAAAUUUCAGUGAUAUACAUACCUUGUUUUGUUUACCAUUUCAAUGUGAUAUGGACUUGAGUUUAUUUUUCUUCUGACCCAGAGGCCGGAAUCCAGAAAUCAACCAAAAUGUCGAUUGAAAUUGAAUCAGCAGAGUUAGUAUCGUUAUAAUUGUUACAUAUUAUUCACAAUAAAAAUUUUUUCCUUAAACAUUAUUGUUUUAAAUCAAUAUAGAACAAUAUAUUAAUAUCAGUUUUCUAUGAUUUUAGUGUGAUUCGUCUGAUACAGCAAUACCUAAAGGAAUCAAAUCUAAUGAAAUCUCUACAAACCCUUCAAGUAAUGUUGUAUUAUUUUAUAAAAUUUUAGCAUUGUGUUUAGGUACAUGGUUGUACAAUAACUUAUUUGUUUGAGUAAAAGAUCAAUUUCAAAUCAGUAAAUUAUAAUAUUUUCAGGAAGAAACUAGUGUAUCAUUAAAUACAGUAGACAGUAUUGAUGGUUUUGUUGCGGAUAUACAUAACGGUCAUUGGGAUACAGUAUUAAAGGCUGUACAGUCUCUGAAAUUACCAGAUAGUAAAUUAAUUGAUUUAUAUGAACAAGUUAGUUACUAAAUAUUUAUAAGAUUAUAAGGUAUGAUUAAAUUUGUUAAUUUCAAUUAUUUUGUAGGUUGUAUUUGAACUAAUAGAAUUGCGUGAACUUGGAGCUGCUCGGUCACUUUUACGUCAAACUGACCCUAUGAUUGCUUUAAAACAACAUGAACCAGAUCGUUACAUACACCUUGGUACAAUUAUAUUAAAAUAAAUAAUAAAUAUAGGUACAUUAUUUGUUUUAAAAAAAUUUGUUGGUUAUAGAAAACCUACUUGCUCGUUCUUAUUUUGACCCUCGUGAAGCAUAUCCAGAAGGCACCUCUAAAGAAAAACGUAGAAUUGCUAUUGCUCAAUCAUUAGCUGGUGAAGUAUCUGUAGUACCAUCAUCAAGACUUCUAGCACUUCUAGGUCAAGCAUUGAAAUGGCAACAGCAUCAAGGACUUUUACCUCCAGGUAUUUUAAAAAUUAUUGUUAGGUAAAUCAUGUUGUCCCUUUUAAAUUCUAAAAUAGUAAUAAUUUAUGUUUUUAGGUACUUCAAUCGAUUUAUUUAGAGGAAAAGCAGCAGUUCGGGAUUUAGAAGAAGAAACUUUUCCCACACAGUUAUUCAAACAGAUUAAAUUUAUCCAAAAGAGUCAUGUUGAAUGUUCUAAAUUUUCACCAGAUGGCCAGUUUUUGGUUACUGCCACUGUUGAUGGAUUUAUUGAAGUAUACAAUUUUGUCACUGGAAAAAUAAGAAAAGAUCUUAAAUAUCAAGCCCAAGUAUAUUAAUUUACUUAAAAUAAUCAAAUAAAAUAUUCCAUUUAUGUGCUUAUAAUUAUUUUCAAUUCUCAGGAUAAUUUUAUGUUAAUGGAAGAUGCUGUACUUAGUUUAAAUUUUUCUCGUGAUAGUGAAAUGUUAGUUUCCGGCUCUCAAGGUGGAAAAGUGACUGUUUGGAAAAUAAUGACUGGACAAGUAAUGAGAAAAUUUGAAAAAGCUCAUGUACUUGGUGUUACUUGUGUACAAUUUUCUCGAGAUAAUACGCAAAUUUUAACUGGUUCAUUUGAUAUGACUAUUAGGUACCUAUAAUUAAAAAUAUAUAAUAAAUAAUUAUUUAAAUGUGUAUACCUAAUUCCAUUCAAUUGGGCUGGCUAUUCAAAUUCUUUUUCUCCAAGUUUCAAUAUUGAUAGUUUUCUAUAAGUCUACUAUACUGAUAACAACACAUUUGUAUUUCAUCAUUACAUUCUCAUGUUCAUCACUUUAAUUUUUUUUCAUACUUUUUAUUCAUUGCUCAACAUUAAAAUGUAUAUAUAUAUAUAUCAACUUCCAACAAUUAUGUGUAAAAUGUUACUUAUCAUGUUCUAUGUUGUUUAUCUUCAUUCUAAAUGUAAUAUUUUCAUCACAGUAAAUUCAGCUAUAUUUUAUUACAUAAAAUUCAUUAUUUUGAAUAACUACAUAAAUAUAUUAAUUUUUCAACUCUUACUCGCCCUAUUAUUUUACUUCUUUUAUAUCCAUAAUCUCUGAACUAAUUUUUAUUUAUUUAUUUCUAAUACAUUCUAUCCUCUUUAAAAUUAUUAAUGCUAGCAUAUAAAACUAUUUGUACACAAAAUAGUUUUAACGAUAUAAUAUAUACUAUAGAAUAUACUUGUGGCUUUUUAUAUUUUAUAUAUAUUAUAUCUUUUAUUGUGUAUACAAAAUAUUUAUCAUUUGUUGAUUAAACAUUUUCAUGUAUUCAAAAAAAGAAUUCAUGGCUUAAAAUCUGGUAAAACUCUUAAAGAAUUUCGAGGACAUACAUCGUUUGUCAAUGAAGUUGUAUAUACUGUUGAUGGCCACAGUAUAAUUAGGUAAAUAUUAUAAUUACUUUAUUUAACAAUUUAAUAUUUUUGAAAUUAUUUAAUUUUUAUAUGCAGUGCAUCUAGUGAUAGUACUGUAAAAGUAUGGAGUGUAAAAACUACAGAAUGUACUCACACAUUCAAAUCCAUGGGAGCAGCGGAUGUAGCUGUUAACAAUGUACAUCUUUUUCCUAAAAACCAAGACCAUUUUGUUGUUUGUAAUCGUUCAAACACUAUUGUAAUAAUGAAUAUGCAAGGCCAAGUGAGUUUACUAUCUUCAAAAUGUAUUAGAAUAUAUUGACUAUUGAUAUAAAUAUUUUCUAAAGAUUGUUAGAUCAUUUACGAGUGGUAAACGCGAAGGUUGCAAUUUUGUAUGUUCCACCGUGUCACCUAGAGGCGAUUGGAUUUAUGCAGUUGCUGAAGAUUAUAUAUUAUACUGUUUUUCGUUAAACACUGGUAAAUUAGAGAAAACCUUACAGGUACAUGAUAAAGAUGUUAUUGGAUUAACGCAUCAUCCUCAUCAAAAUUUAUUGUGUACAUACUGUGAAGAUGGUAUGGUAAGAUUAUGGAAACCUUAAAUUGUUUGAAUUAAAAUUAUUAUAAUUUUUUUUUCCCUUGACAAGUUUUAAACAAUUUAAUUCAAUAAAAAAUUUUUAUGAUGUAAAAUGAGUGUGGUUUAUUUCUGUGUUACCUUAAAAAGGUAUUUUUAAAAUAGUUUUAAAUACAUAAAUUAAUAUCUUGCAUUGUUAAGAUUUUUAAGAAAGUGUCGCUUUAGUAUUUAAAUACAUUUUGUAUUAUUAUAAUAUUAUUUGAAUAUAAAUAUUUGUAUGUUGUACAAGAA